CCAGCUGGCACAGAUCGCGUGUAGUUGUUUCUCGCGCGCGCCUUUCGACAUUUAACCAAAAAAGAAAAAAAAAACAGCUCACGCGGCGUAUACGCAAUAUUUAUAUAUAUGUUAAUGAAAAUUGAAUAUUGCUCGAAAUCAAUAGAAAAAUCAAUACUCAGACAAUUAAUUAAUUAGGUAAUUAAUAAUUAAUUAAUAAAAAUGGGCUACGAUGAUGUUAUAACCCAUUUGGGCGGAUUCGGACGUUAUCAGAGGCGGAUUUAUUUGCUGCUCUGUUUGCCGGCCAUCGUUUGUGCCUUCCACAAAUUGGCGGGCGUUUUCCUGCUCGCUCGUCCCGAGCACCGUUGCCGCCUGCCACACGAGGAAGCGCCAGUUGCCACCUAUCAAUCGCUGCCGCCAGCUCACUGGUUGCUCGCCUAUCCGCUGGAUGAGAUGACGGGUAAAUUGAAUACCUGCGAAUAUUACAAUGUGGCCUACAACGACUCCUAUUUGAGUGGCAAUCUGAGUGACACAACAAGUGGCACGUUGACCUGCAGCAGUUACCUCUACGAUCAGUCGAAAUACCGGAAUAGCGCUGUCACGGAAUGGAAUAUGGUUUGCGGGCGGAGUCUGCUGAGUGCCACAAGUGAUUCAUUGUUUAUGGUGGGCGUGCUCCUCGGCAGCUUCAUCUUUGGCCACCUGAGCGACAAAUGGGGCAGGAAGCCUACCUUUUUUGCCUCGCUCGUGAUCCAGUUGGUUUUUGGCAUUACGGCGGGCUUGGCACCGGAUUACUUUACCUAUACGAUCGCUCGGCUGAUUGUUGGCGCGACCACGUCGGGCGUCUUUCUGGUGGCCUAUGUGAUUGCCAUGGAAAUGGUGGGUGCCAGCUAUCGCCUCUUUGCCGGCGUCACUGUGCAGAUGUUCUUCUCCGUUGGGUUUAUGCUUACGGCGGGAUUUGCUUAUCUUAUCAGGGAUUGGCGCUGGCUGCAAAUAGCCCUGACUUUGCCGGGUCUGGUUUUUAUGGGCUACUAUUGGCUAAUACCCGAAUCGGCACGUUGGCUGCUCUCGAAGGGUCGCAGCGAGGAGGCGUUUGUCAUCAUUGAGCGGGCGGCCCGUGUCAAUCGUGUCCAGAUACCCAGCGAGAUCUACGACCAGCUUGUCCGCGAGGAGUCGGCACAGAAGGAGCAGGCGCAGACUGCCUCGCAGCAACCAUCCGCAUCCGUUUGGGACUUGCUGCGUUAUCCGAACUUGCGGCGCAAAACGUUGAUCAUCUUUUUCGAUUGGUUCGUCAACAGUGGCGUCUACUACGGCCUCUCCUGGAACACCAAUAAUCUGGGUGGCAAUCAGCUGCAGAACUUUGUCUUCUCGGGGGCUGUGGAGAUUCCUGGCUAUUCCCUGCUGCUGAUCACCCUGAAUCGCUGGGGUCGUCGCUCGACGCUGUGCGGCGCCAUGUUGGUGGCCGGGAUUAGUUUGCUGGCAACGGUUCUGGUGCCCAGCGACAUGAAUUGGCUGCUCAUCACUUGCGCCAUGAUUGGCAAAUUGGCCAUCACCUCGUCGUACGGCACUGUCUACAUUUUUACGGCCGAGCAAUUUCCGACUGUGGUGCGCAAUGUGGGGUUGGGCGCCUCGUCGAUGGUCGCCCGCAUUGGCGGCAUUCUGGCGCCGUAUCUGAAUCUUCUCGGCGAGAUCUGGCGACCCUUGCCGUUGGUCAUUUGUGGUGCCCUGUCGCUGACGGCGGGCCUAAUGUCGCUGCUCCUGCCGGAGACACUGAACAGACCCUUGCCGGAGACCAUUGAGGAUGCCGAGAACUUUGGCAAAAAGCAGCAGCGGAGCAGGAGCCAAUCUCUGGAGGAUGAGGAGCUGAAUACGAUGAUCAAUGGCAACUAUGGCGCGAAGGCGUAAGCUUUACAGAUGGAUUGAGAGAGGGGGGAAGGGGAAAAGACGGAAAGGACGACGAUGAAGAAGAAGAACGAGAGGCAGAUGAAUAUAGAGAAGGAGAAGGAGAGGGAGCCGGAGAGAGGGGGGGGGGGAGAUGAGGAAGGAGGUGGAAACGGAGAUGGAGAGGGAGACAGAGAGAGAGAGAGAGAAUGGGAGAGGGGAUGGGAGAGGGAGACGGAUAUGAUGAGGGGAGACGGAUGGAUGGGAAGAUGGAAAAGGCUAAGAAGAUGGAGGUGGAGAUGAUGGAAGUGAGGAGAAGAAGAAGAAGAGGACGAGGUCUAAAAGGAGAGGCAGAUGAAGAGGGGGAUAGAGAUGGAGAGGGGAACCAGGAGGGAGCCGGUGAGAGAGAGCGAAAUACAAAGCGAGACGGAGACGGACAAGGUGAGAAAGAAGGAGAGGGAGAAGGAAAAGGAGAAGGAGAGGAAGAAGGAGAAGUUGCGACAGAGGAAUAGAUAGGCUCCUCUGACGAAGAGGAAGAGGGGCAGGCAGAGGGGCAGGCAGAGGGGCAGGCAGAGGGAGGCGUGACGAGUAUCCGCCGCAUGAAUUUAUCGGAAUUUAAGCAAUUAGCAUUUAUUGUUCACGAUGAAUAAUUGCAUUUAUUCAAUCGAAGUAGAAAGUAUUCCAACUCAUAUGUUUAAGCAUAGAAAAAGUCGCAAGAAACUCAAUUUCAAUUUAUUUACAUUUAUUUGUUAUUAAAUAAAUAAUAAAAGAA